GAGCUCUUCCGUUUUCCUUUCGGCUCCCGCCCCGCUCCGCCAUCAUGAAGUCCUGAACAAAAACGGAUGAGGUCCGAGCAAAAUGGGAAUAGCACGGAGCGGAGAGGAAGCUCGGCGAUAGCGCUAGCGAAAUGUGAAUGCGAACCAGAGCGGAGUGGUGGCUUUUAACGAGCAAGUCUCCCCGCCGAUAAACGUCCCAUAUCAGCUCCUGGCGUUGACGCUAUUCGAUUAGCAGCGGUGCUAGCAGCAGCCCGGAGCCUUGGCCCUGAUUUUUCUCCGUUAGUUAGCUCCGCUUGUGGGUUAGCUGGCAGCUGUCAAGUCAGCUAGCUGUCAGCCUAGACUGACUGACACUUCACUCAUGUCAAGUGUAAAAGAGGUGCUAGCUACUGGAAGCACCAUGAUGGCUGGGGGUUUAGCUAAAACAUCGACGGACAGGCAGAAUGUGGUCUGUUCGUGUUGAUUAGAAACCGGGGAGGAGAGGAUAGGACAGUGUGGGGGGGAGAGAAAUCAAGAUUUUCCUGCCUGGCCAGUCAGCUAGCUCUAGAGCUAGCUACAGUGGAUCCCAAAAGCCACGGCGCUGGCCAUGCCGUCGAGUGUGCGGGCCGGGAGCCUGAAGGACCCGGAGGUGGCAGAGCUGUUCUGCAGGGAGGACCCUGAGAAGCUCUUCACGGACCUGAGGGAGAUAGGCCAUGGGAGCUUUGGAGCGGUCUACUUUGCCCACGACAUCCGCACAAAUGAGGUGGUGGCCAUCAAGAAGAUGUCCUACAGCGGCAAGCAGUCCAACGAGAAAUGGCAGGAUAUCAUCAAGGAAGUGAAGUUCCUACAGAAGCUGCGCCAUCCAAACACUGUGGAAUAUCGAGGCUGCUACCUGAGAGAGCACACGGCCUGGCUGGUGAUGGAGUACUGUUUGGGUUCAGCGUCUGACCUGCUAGAAGUCCACAAGAAACCCCUCCAAGAGGUGGAAAUAGCUGCCAUUACCCACGGUGCUUUGCAGGGACUGGUGUAUCUUCACUCUCACAACAUGAUUCACAGGGAUGUGAAAGCAGGAAACAUCUUGCUCACAGAACCGGGUCAGGUCAAACUGGGAGACUUCGGCUCUGCUUCCAUUGUUGCUCCAGCCAACUCUUUUGUGGGAACACCAUACUGGAUGGCCCCUGAGGUGAUCCUGGCCAUGGAUGAGGGACAGUACGACGGGAAGGUGGAUGUGUGGUCACUUGGCAUUACCUGCAUAGAGCUGGCGGAGAGAAAGCCUCCUCUGUUCAACAUGAAUGCUAUGAGUGCCUUAUACCACAUCGCCCAGAAUGAGAGCCCCGUGUUGCAGUCAAAUCACUGGUCAGAUUAUUUCCGGAAUUUUGUGGACUCUUGUUUGCAGAAGCUCUCCCCGGACAGACCUACCUCUGAUGUGCUGCUUAAGCACCACUUCCUAUGCAGAGAGCGUCCAAUGACUGUAGUGAUGGACCUGAUCGCGCGAACCAAGGAUGCUGUCCGGGAGCUCGACAAUCUGCAGUACCGCAAGAUGAAGAAAAUCCUGUUUCAUGAGGCCCACAAUGGUCCAGCACCAGAAGGAGGCGAUGAGGAAGAGGAUGUGGAAGGGUACAUGUUGCGCACCGGGACAGUGAACAGUAUGGAGAGCUCCCACUCUCUACCGUCCAUGUCUAUCAGCGCCAGCUCUCAGAGCAGCUCGGUCAACAGCCUGGCAGACGGUUCGGAUGACAGCGGAGAGAUGGUCAUGAUGCAGGAGGGAGAGCACACCGUCACCUCCAACAGCUCAGUCCUGCACAAACCUCUGAGCCAUGACAACAUCUACGAUGAUCCAUAUCAGCCAGAGGUGGACUCUCAACGGGAAGCUUCGUCUGGUGGCGGCGGGGGAGGGGGAGGCGGCGGCAGACGGCGACGCCGGGACCACUUUGCCACCAUCAGGACCGCCUCAUUGGUCACUCGUCAGAUUCAGGAACACGAGCAGGGCUCGGCUCUCAGAGAGCAGAUGUCGGGGUACAAACGUAUGCGGCGGCAGCACCAGAAGCAGCUGAUGGGUCUGGAGAACAAGCUGAAAUCAGAGAUGGACGAGCACCAGCUGAGACUGGAUAAAGAGCUGGAAAACCAAAGGAACAAUUUCUCCAUGGAGCUGGAAAAACUGUCAAAGAAGAACCAGGCUGUCCUGGAGAAGGAGACAAAGGCUGUCGUAACAGAGGAGAAGAAGUUCCAGCAGCACAUCCUGGGCCAGCAGAAGAAGGAGCUGACCAGUCUGCUGGAUUCCCAGAAACGCCAGUACCGACAGCGCAAAGAGCAGCUUAAAGAGGAGCUGAACGAGAACCAGUCCACACCGAAGCGGGAGAAGCAGGAGUGGCUGGUGCACCAGAAGGAGUGUAUGCAGCAGCUGCAGGCAGAAGAAGAAGCCGGGCUGCUGCGGAGGCAGAGGCAGUAUUAUGAGCUCCAGAGUCGGCAGUACAAGAGGAAGAUGCUGCUGGGCCGCCACAACCUGGAGCAAGACCUGCUCAGAGAGGAGCUCAACAAGAAGCAGACUCUGAAGGACCUGGAGUGUGCCAUGCUGCUGCGCCACCACGAGUCGACGCAGGAGCUGGAGUUCCGCCAGCUGGGCGUGGUGCAGCGGACGCGGGCCGAACUGAUCCGCACGCAGCACCAGACGGAGCUCACCAACCAGAUGGAGUACAACAAGAGGCGCGAGCAGGAACUGAGGCAGAAACACGCCGUGGAGGUCCGGCAGCAGCCCAAAAGCCUCAAAUCCAAAGAGCUCCAGAUAAAGCGUCAGUUCCAGGACACCUGCAAGAUCCAGACCCGCCAGUACAAGGCCUUACGAAACCACCUGCUGGAGAACACCCCCAAGUCGGAGCACAAGGCUGUGCUGAAGCGGCUGAAGGAUGAGCAGACCCGUAAGCUGGCCAUCCUGGCUGAGCAGUACGAUCACUCCAUCAACGACAUGCUUUCCACUCAGGCUUUGCGGUUGGAUGAGACUCAGGAAGCGGAGUACAAGGUGCUGCGAAUGCAGCUGCAGCAGGAGCUGGAGCUGCUUAACGCCUACCAGAGCAAGAUCAAGAUCCACACGGAUACACAGCACGAGAGGGAGGUCAAGGACCUGGAGCAGAGGGUGUCCAUCCGCCGAGCACUACUGGAGCAGAGGAUCGAGGAGGAGAUGUUGUCUCUGCAGAAUGAGCGCUCAGAACGCAUCCGCACCCUCUUGGAGCGGCAGGCCAGUGAGAUUGAGGCCUUUGACUCUGAAAGCCUCCGUCUCGGCUUUAGUAACAUGGCUCUGAUGGGCAUGCCUGGUGAGGCCUACGCCAAGCAGGGCUACUCCAACGCUCAGCCCUCCAGCUCUCGCUCAGCUGGCCACUGGAGCCAUGGGGUGCACCAGCAGAACAUGUCGCAGCAGCUGUCCCGCCGCAGCCACAACAGCAGCAGCAGCAGUGGCAUUGGCAGCAGCUCAGGGGACCGGAGGAGCGAAUCCUCCUCCUCCUCCCAUGGUGUGGGGAUGGCUCUUGGGCACGGGCGGGACAGCAGGGAAAUGCACCACUCAUCCCGUUCCUCAGCCUCCUCUUCCUCUUCUUCUUCCUCGUCGUCCUCCCAUCACCAGCGCCAUCACCUGCCCCAGCACUACCACCAUCAGAGCACGCCGCAGCUCUACCGGGAGCGGGAGCGGGAGAGAGAUCGGGACAGGGAGCGGGAGAAGGAGAGGGAGCGGGAGUGGGCUGGAGUGCGAGGCUCCGGCGGUGACCUGGCCCACCCACACCCCCUGCCCUUCUCCCAUCACCUCCCCUCUCGUUCCUCCUCCCAAUCCCUGGCCAUGCUUCCUCCUCCACCACCUGCGCCUCCUUCCAUCUCUGGCCCCUCAUCUUCCUCGUCUUCCUCCUCCUCAUCGCAGGGCGGGAUAUACAGCGGCGGUGGGCUGGCCGUUCGUGGUACCCCCAACCUGAUGGCCCUGAGAAACAGCCCCCAGCCUCUGAGGAGGACGGCAUCCGGCGGGGGCCCCGGUGGAGCUGGAGGCAGCGACGGCGUCCUGAGCCGAAGCACCUCGGUCACUUCACACAUCUCCAAUGGCUCCCACCUCUCCUACUCUUAGAAAGAGGUAGAACAUCCUUCACCGUGGGGGCAAGAAGAGCGGGAUCCAUUUAGGAAGGUAGCUAUUACAGGCUGCAUCUCAAUACUCUCAGCUUACCACCUUCCUCCAUCUUCGCGGCAGACUUCAACACCUGGAACAGUAGACCUGCAGAUCUUUAUGCACCAUAGGUCAGAGAGAUCAGAAGGAAGGGGUAAUCUGGCACCAUUGAGCUGCAGCCUGCCUCUUUAGACUGGCUUAAGAGAUUUUCUCCCAUUCUCACUGAUAUUACAAGGGGAGGAAUGUAACCACCUGUAUCUUCACUGGAUCUCGGUGAGAUUAGAUGUUUUUAUUCAGUGUUUUUAUCUCUGUUACUGUAUAAAAAGAGUAAGGUAGGAUGUGUGACCAGGAGGACGUUUGGCCUUUAUUUCCUCCUGCAGCUCCCAGAGACAGACAGGCAGUGGGGAGAGCAGCCAUGUCCCAGGGUUCCUACAUAGUCUGCAAAGCUAUGGAGCUCCUUUCCUCCAUCCUCCUUUACUUCCGGUUAAAAAGAGUGCUCCUGGAUUCUUUCCAGGAAAUGCUUAAAUAUAACUUUGUAAACUUCGUAGGAACCCUGCUGUCUUCUUCUAUGAUGUUCUUUGAUGGAAUGGAGAAAGAAAAAGGACAUGGGAGGAAAAAAGGGGGGCAUUCUGUCUAGUCUCUGGUGUCCAGAUGCUUCAUUUCUCCUGAGAGAAAUGGAAAAAAGAUGAUAUUCAAAGAUGUGUUACUUGAGUCUGAUAACUUCAAGAUAUAUAUUUUUUUUUAGAUCUACUCUUAUUUUGUUUCUUAACUGUCUAAAAACACUAAAACAAUUUUCUUGGAACAUCACCAAUGCCUUUAAGGGGUUCUUAAAGGGAUGUUGUGCCAUCCACUUUUUUUUCAUUGUUUAAUUUAUUUGACUAUACUUAAAACACAGAAUGUUUGUAAAGUAAAGAGACUCUUCCAAAGACUCAGCAUUGACCAGAAGAGAUGUUUGAAACGUGUAUCAAUACCUUAAGAAAAAAGCUUUCUGACAAGAAUGACUUAUUGAAUAUCUCAACAACAUAAGUGUCACUCCAGUGCAUGGGAUAGAUGUGCAAAACAAAAAGGAAAAAAAAAAAGAGCAAACACAUUGAAAAGUACUGUAUCCGUCCGAGUUUACUGACAUUUAGAAUCACUUGUCCCACUUUUUAUUUGUACCUUUUACUGUAUAUAUUUAUGGGAAUAUAAAAAAAAAACAGAAACAAAUCAUUUGGUUUUAUAGAUGAGCAAAGACAAUGAUAGUAAUUUUUUUAUAUACUCCAGAGCCGUUGAACCCCAGCUGCAUUUUUCUAUAGGUGUGGAUAUUACCAUAACUAAUCCUGGUGUAAUUGUUGUCGUGAUCAUGUCUUUUUUUUCUUGCGACAAGCGAAGGGCCCACUAUUACUGUAAAAUAAUGAAUUAUAACAACAAUAGCUGAUGAAUCUGUUGCAUUGUCAGGUGUGGUUUGUCUUCGACGAUAUCAAUGACUAUUAUUAAGGGGAUGGUUAAUAAUUGUUUAUGAUCUAUGUAUGUGUGUUGAGCGGUAAAGUCUAGUUAUAAUGCCACUUUUUUUUUUUAAGACUCGGAAAUGACUGUAUUUAAGACAAAGACACUCCUGCGGUAAGAGCAACUCUCUAGCUGCUCACUUGACCUCUGACCCCCUUCCUCCAGACUCUUUUUAGGAAAAAAAAAAAAACAGGCCACUGGAAUGUAAUCCUAGUUUACU